GCCAAUUUGUAUGGUGUUCACCCUUUCUACACAUGUGUGGAAGAUGGAGUAGGAAAUACUCAUGGCGUCUUUUUCCUGAACAGUAAUGCUCAAGAAUAUUCCUUCACACCAUUACCAAUGUUAACAUACAGAACAAUUGGAGGAAUCCUAGAUGUAUAUGUUUUCAUGGGACCAUCACCUGAAAAUGUUAUACAGCAAUACACAGAGUUAAUUGGAAGACCAUUUAUGCCUCCAUACUGGGCCCUUGGUUUCCAGCUUUGUCGUUAUGGAUACAAAAACUUGAAAGAUAUAGAAACAGCUGUUGAAAACACAAAAACAUAUAACAUUCCACAUGAUGUCCAGUAUGCAGAUAUUGACCACAUGGACAAACAGAUGGAUUUUACCAUUGACCAAGAAAAGUUUGGAGGGCUUAAUACCUACUUCAAACAACUACAAGCAGAAGGCAUGCAUACAAUUAUCAUACUUGAUCCUUGUUUUAUUACAAACACUUCAGGAUAUGAGCCAUACGACAGACUGAAGGAUAUAUCUGGUGCUGUGAUGUGGCCACAGGAACUACAAGGUGUAGAGGACUACAAAGAUGGAGAUGGUGCUAUGCUAGGAUAUGUUUGGCCAGAAGGAAAAGUGGUAUUCCCAGAUUUCUUUAAAAACCAGACAAAAGAAUUAUGGAUAGACUUGAUUGUGAAACACAGACAAAAUCUUUCUUUUGAUGCUAUAUGGAUAGAUAUGAAUGAACCUGCAAAUUUUGGAACUAAUGAGGAUAAACCAUGGAACUGGCCACAGAAUGCAACUUAUGAAUGGAGUCUGAAAUGUCCUCAUGGUGAUUUUGAUGAUCCACCUUACAAAACGAAGGCAGCAUAUGUUUUUGGUGAGAAAGCUAAGAUUUCUGACAAGACUCUUUGUAUGGUGGCAAGGCAAGGUGACAGUAAUGACCUUCUACAAUACAAUGUACACAGUCUUUAUGGCUGGAGUCAGUCACUACCUACACUUCAGGCUACAAGAAAAGCAACUGGUGAGAGGAGUAUGGUGUUAUCUAGGUCAACAUUUCCAGGAAGUGGGAAGUAUAUAGGUCAUUGGUUAGGAGAUAAUGAUAGUAAAUGGUCUCAUCUGAGAGAAUCAAUUAUUGGAAUGCUAGAGUUCAACUUAUUUGGAAUACCAUAUAUAGGAGCAGAUAUAUGUGGAUUUUUUGGCAAUACAGAAUCCCAGCUGUGUAAGAGAUGGAUGCAACUUGGAGCUUUUUAUCCUUUCUCAAGAAACCACAAUGGAAUAGGGAAUAUUCAACAAGAUCCAGGAGUAUUCGGUGAGGAGGUGGCUAAUGCCUCUAGAAUUGCCCUAGAAGACAGAUACUGGUUACUGCCAUAUCUUUAUACCUUAUUCCACAGAGCUCAUGUUGAUGGUCAUACUGUAGCCAGACCACUUCAUCAUGAAUUUCCUAACGACUCCAAAGCUUUGUCUAUUGAUGAGCAGUUCCUUUGGGGGUCUUCAUUGUUGAUUUCACCAAUAUUAUAUGAGAAUCAAACAGAACUGAGUUAUUAUCAUCCAGCAGGAAGAUGGUAUGAUUUACACACGGGUUGGUAUACAGAUGUUCCAACACCUGUGAAGAUGCCAGUUGGUCCAGAUACAAAUAUUCAGUUAGAUGUACGUGGUGGCAGUAUCCUUCCCAUGCAAGAACCAGCCAGAAAUACUACAUACAGUCGUAAGAAUCCACUACAUGUUUUAGUAGCAUUAGACAAUGAUGAUGAUAAAGGUGGUCAGGCAGAAGGAGAACUUUUCUGGGACGAUGGAGACUCAAUAGAGACCUAUGAAAAUGGAAAGUAUUACUUGGCAAGAUUUAAAGCAGUAGGAAAUAAAGUGUGGUCUGAAAAGUUGAGUGGUUCAGAUAAUGAAGUAGAAAAUUUGAUUGUUGAUAGCAUCAAGGUCUAUGGUGUGCAGACAAAUGUUUCCAUGGUUACAGAUCUUGACAGUUUGAAACCAAUCAAUAUGUUUACAUAUGAUAGUCAUAAAAAGGUGUUGACAGUAACAGGUUUAAACAGAAAGUUGAAAGAUUGGUUUAGUAUUUCUUGGACAAGAGAUAGUACAGAGGAGGAAAAUACAAGAAUUGACUGCUACCCUGAACGUCUUGGCAAUGUUGAUCUAGUAACCAAGGAGAAAUGUGAAAGUCGCCAUUGCAUUUAUGAUCCCACAAACUCAUUGAGUCCAGAUUGUUACUUUCCAAGUAACAUGGGGUACAAACUGGCAGGAUCAUAUGAAACAGAAUUAGGAAUGGAUUACAACUUGACAUGGAAAGGAUUAUCCCCCUUUGGAAAUCCCAUCAGGAAUGCUAUUUUUAGAGUGGAGAUGAGAGAAAAUAAUGUUUUGAGAUUUAAGCUAUUUGAUGCAGAAAAUGAACGUUAUGAAGUACCUAUCAAACUUGAUGUAUCCAAUGACAGAACUAUGCAUCCAUGGUAUGAACUGAAAGUUGUCAGUGAUGAUCCAUUCCAUUUCCAGGUGCUAAGAAUUGAUAUGCCUCCAAAAAAAGUCAUAUAUGACACAACAGUUGGAGGUUUGAUAUUUGAGGACCAGUUCCUACAAAUAGCAACCAAGCUACCAUCAGAUAGGGUCUAUGGAUUUGGAGAAAAUGUGCAUGGGUCUUUAAGGCAUGAUUUAAACUGGAAAACAUGGCCAAUGUUUGCCAGAGAUCAACCAACAGGUGAUCAGAAUUUCCAGAACCACUAUGGAGUACAUCCAUUUUAUACUUAUUAUGAUGAUGAAGGGACUGCAUAUGGUAUAAUGAUAGUUAACAGUAACUCACAAGAAUAUUCAUUUACACCCCUCCCAAUGUUGAUAUACAGAACUAUUGGUGGAGUAUUGGACUUCUAUCUGUUCAUAGGACUUGUACCUGAAGGAGUGGUUUAUGACUACACAACGGCAAUUGGCCGUCCAUAUAUGCCACCUUACUGGAGUUUGGGAUUUCAGUUGUGUCGCUAUGGUUAUAACAACAUAACUAACUUGAAAACUGCUGUAGAUAGGACAAUUGCUGCUAAAAUACCCCUGGACAUACAGUAUGCUGACAUUGAUCAUAUGGACGAAAGGAAAGAUUUCACUGUUGAUGACGUAAAUUUCAUUGGCCUGAAUAACUACUUCAAAAGUUUACAAGCUGCUGGAAUGAGAACUAUUACUAUUUUGGAUCCAGCACUGAUCACCAAUGAAACUGGAUAUGAGCCUUAUGAUCUUAUGAAUCAGAAUGAUGCUAAUAUAAAAUGGCCAGAAAACUAUAACAUUCCAGCUAACAGUUCAAAUGAAAAAGGAGCAAUACUAGGAUAUGUAUGGCCUAAAGGCAAGGUAGUAUUUCCUGAUUUCUUCAAAAAUGUGACUAAGGAUGUUUGGAAACAGUUGAUUGUUAAACAUCACAAUAACACACUUAGUUUUGAUGGCCUAUGGAUAGAUAUGAAUGAACCUGCUAACUUUGACACCAAUAAAGACAGAAUCUGGAACUGGCCAGUUGAGGAUAAGCCAUAUUGGAGCCUGAAAUGUAAUAAAGGAGACAAAUAUGAGGAUCCACCAUACAGAACUAUGGUAGCUUAUUUAUAUGAUGAUCGUAAAACUAAUUUCAAAAAUCGUAUAUCUGAUAAGACAAUAUGUAUGGUAGCUACCCAAGGUGAAAAAGCCAGGUUUCGUCAUUAUGAUGUGCAUAAUUUAUAUGGAUGGAGUCAGACACCACCAACACUAGAUGCUCUUCAAGCAGCUACAGGAAAACAAGGAAUAGUUAUCUCACGUUCAACAUUCCCAGGAAGUGGUAAAUAUUCAGGACAUUGGCUUGGUGAUAAUUCUGCAGUAUGGCGAGACAUGAAGUUAUCCAUUAUAGGGAUAUUAGAAUUCAACAUGUUUGGAAUACCUUACAUUGGAGCAGAUAUAUGUGGAUUUUUUGGAAACACAACACCUGAACUUUGUAAAAGGUGGAUGCAGCUUGGGGCAUUCUACACAUUCAGUAGGAAUCAUAAUGGAUUAGGUAAUAUAGAGCAAGAUCCAGGAGCUCUAGGAGAAGAUGUAGCUAGAGCUGCUAGACAAGCUAUAGAAACAAGAUACUGGCUACUGCCUUAUCUACAUACACUAUUCUAUGCUGCACAUACAGGAUUUUCUAACUUUGGAUCAACGGUUAUUCGCCCAUUGCAUAAUGAAUUUGAAGAUAAAGAGACUUUCGAUAUUGAUGAGCAGUUUAUGUGGGGACCAGCAUUGAUGAUAUCACCAAUCUUAAGAGAAGGACAGACAAAUUUGAGGUACUACCUGCCGCGUCAGACUUGGUAUGAUUGGUACACAGGUAUAGAAGUAAAUUAUACUGAUUCCAAUUAUUAUGAAAUGGAUGUAGAGCCAGAUUCUCCUAUUCCUUUGCACAUUAGAGGAGGAUUUGUUCUACCCUUACAGGAACCAGCUAAUAAUACACACUAUAGUCGUAAAAAUCCUAUAACGUUGAAAGUAGCUCUAACAAGUGAUCAGUACUAUACAUAUGCCUCAGGAAAUUUUUACUGGGAUGAUGGAGAAGGAAAAGAUAAUUAUGAAAAUGGGAACUAUUUUUAUGGUGUUUUUGCAUGUAGAAAUAACAUGUUGAAUAUGGACGUUUUUCAAAAUAAAACAACUGGAACUCAUGAUGUAGUUAUAGAUGAUAUAGAAAUUCUUGGCAUCUUUAAGGAUUGGGAAAAAGUAUAUAUUUAUGUGAAUGGUAAAGAGCAUCCCCAGCAGUUGGUUAAUUAUACUAAGGAAUCUCAUAUAGUUCGAAUAACGAACUUAAAGCUACCAAUGCAUAACAGUUUUUAUGUACAAUGGAAAAAUGAAAAGAAUCCAGAGGAGGAUGUGGCUUUGAGAAUAGAUUGUUUUCCUGACAUUGAUAAAAACCGGUCAUUGAUUGAUAUUAACACCAUAGAAUGUAAAAGGCGUGGGUGUAUCUGGGCUCCUAUAGAGGAGUCUCCUUCUGUUCCACAAUGCUACAUCAAUACCUCUAUAUAUGGCUACACAGAAACCUCCAAAACAAGUAAUGGUACAAGAACAAAAAUUGAUUUAAAGUGGCAAAAUAAAUCUCAAAUGUUUCAGGAUGAUAUUGAAGUAAUUCAAAUGGUAAUAACCCAGCAUUCACAUAGACUUCUGCAAGUAAAGAUUAUAGAUCCUUCAGAUGAUAGAUAUGAGGUUCCAGUAAACUUUAACAAAAUUCUACCACCUGAUAGAGAGGGAACAGAUUACCAUGUACAUUAUGGUAAUGAUGUUCAUGGUAUAUUUUCCUUUAAUGUAACAAGAAAGAGUAAUGGAGCUGUGAUCUGGGAUACAUCUGUAGGGGGGUUAACAUUUGCAGAUCAAUUUCUACAGUUUGUUACCAAACUACCUUCGAAGAAUGUUUAUGGAUUUGGGGAAAAUCGUCAUAAAAAGUUCCGUCAUAAUUUUGACUAUGAGAGAUGGCCAAUGUUUUCAAGAGAUAAUGGAGUAAAUUGGGGUGAUGAUGCCAAUUUAUAUGGAGUACAUCCAUUUUAUAUGUGUGUAGAAGAUGAUGGGAAUGCACAUGGUGUUUUGUUGUUGAACAGUAAUGCCAUGGAAAUAGUAUUACAGCCACAUCCUACUCUGGCCUAUCGAACUACUGGUGGAAUUCUGGACUUCUAUUUGUUUUUUGGUCCAACUCCUGAGGAUGUUAUCAGGGAGUAUACAUCAGUUCUAAUUGGGAAGCCAUACAUGCCUCCAUACUGGGCACUAGGUUUCCAACUUUGUAAAUAUGGCUACAAUAAUCUUGAAACUUUGAAAGAGGCCACAGAGAGAACAAUUGAUGCAGGUAUUCCAUUUGAUGUUCAGUAUGCUGACAUCGAUCAUAUGGAUGAAAGGAAAGAUUUCACAAUAGACUCUGUCAAUUUCGGUGGUCUUCCAGAUUAUGUUAAAGAUUUACAAAGUAGAGGAAUGCAUAUUAUCAUUAUUCUGGAUCCAGCACUGAUUACAAACAAUACGGGAUAUGAACCUUAUGAAAAAGGUCUACAAUAUGAUGUAUUUAUAAAAUGGCCAGACAAUACACAUCCAGAUUUUAGUGAAUACAGCAAUACCAAUAUGUUAGGUUAUGUUUGGCCUAAAGGUAAAGUUGUUUUCCCAGAUUUUCUCAAUAAUAGAACUCAUGAAUAUUGGAAAGAACUAAUUAUCAGCCAUCAUAAAAAUAUAUCAUUUGAUGGAUUAUGGAUUGAUAUGAAUGAACCAGCUAAUUUUGGUACAAAUGAAGAGCGACCUUUCAACUGGCCAGAAAGUUCUAAACCUUACUGGAGUUUGAAAUGUCCUGAAUCUAAGGUAGAUGAUCCUCCUUACAAACCAAGAGGGAUCUAUGGAGCAAGAUUAUCUGAUAAGACAUUAUGCAUGGUAGCCCUUCAAAAUGAUGGCAAGUAUCUUCAUUACAAUGUUCAUAGCUUAUAUGGGUGGAGUCAGACGAAACCAACACUAGAUGGGCUGCGUUACGCUUUAGGUGGUAAAACAAGAGGUAUGGUGAUAAGUCGUUCUACCUACCCGUCCAGUGGUAAAUAUACUGGUCACUGGUUAGGAGAUAACAACAGUGAAUGGCCAGACCUUCAUUACUCCAUUAUAGGAAUCAUGGAAUUCAAUUUGUUUGGCAUUCCCUACAUUGGAGCAGAUAUUUGUGGCUUUUUUGGAGAUUCAAAUGCAGAAUUAUGUCAGAGAUGGAUGCAACUCGGAGCAUUUUAUACAUUUUCCAGAAAUCACAAUACUAUUGGUACAAAACCUCAAGAUCCAGCAUAUUUUGGCAAGACUGUUGCUGCCUCCUCAAGAAGAGUUUUGGAAAUAAGAUAUUAUCUACUCCCUUAUUUGUACCAUUUAUUCUUUGAAGCACAUUCACAAGGUGGCACUGUAAUCAGGUCGUUAGUUCACAACUUCCCAUCUGACAAACUUACAUGGGAUAUUGACACACAAUUUAUGUGGGGAACUUCUCUAAUGUUUGCUCCUGUUCUUAGACCUAAACAAGUACAUGUUGAGGUGUACUUCCCAGAGAGUCGAUGGUAUGACUAUUACAAUGGUAAGGAAAUUACUCCAGUUAAAAUGAAACAUGUUAUCUUUGCACCAAAGCACAUCAUUCCAAUAUUUAUCAGAGGAGGUUCCAUAAUCCAUACUCAGACUCCGGCAAACACAACUGUAUUUAGCAGGAAGCAAGGAAUGGGACUGCUUGUGGCAUUAGACGAAAAUGGGACUGCUGCAGGCAAGCAGUAUUGGGAUGAUGGGGAAUCUAUAGAUGCAUAUGAAAACGGUGAAUACUUCACAUCUGAUGCAGCGGUAAUAAAUAAAAUACUUUCAUUCAAUGUUAAACACAAUGGUACAAGUGCUAUUGAUGAGCUGUCCUUUGAUCAUGUUGUUGUUUACGGCCUGGAGAAAAAACCAACUACUUUAUUGAUAAAUGAUGUAGAUUAUAGUCAAAUUGAUCAUGGAUUAGGUGCACUAAAACUUUUCUACAGAGAAAAAUACAAACUUCUUAACAUUACAAUGUUAAAUUUACCUCUACAAUCUGACUUUACCAUUAAGUGGAGUUAAAUUUUUAUCUUCAUAUUAGCUUUUAUAUCAUUAUCAUUGACUCACACUCUGAGAAACAUAUCAUUUGCAAAUUAAAAAGCUGUCAACUUUCUCUUAAAAUGGAAAUCCUCUAGUUCUCAUAAAAAAACUCAUGCAUACCUGUAUAUAUUUUGUUUAAAAGGUUUAUACAUUGUACUGUCUUAAAUAGAAAAUGGAACUGAUAGAUUUCAGACAAGGCCAUACAAUUUUUACUUUUUUUAAGCAGAGGUGUGUUAAUUUUUAUCCUUUUUUGUCAAUGGAUGACAAGCAAGUAAAAUCAAUAAUUUUUUUUUAUAUUUAUGUUGUUAACAUAAAAACAAGGAGAUCCAAUGAGAUUUUAUUUUUCCUUUUUUUUUUCGGGGGGCGGGGGGAUUUUCUCUUUUUUCUAGAUCUGUAAUUUAAAUGAAUAUUAGCAUGAUAAGACUUACUUUAGAUGGACUAGUGUUUUUGGCUAAAGAUAUGAUUCCACAUUCACUCCUUUUGAAAUGGUUUUUUAACUGGGGAAGUUGAAUAAAAAAAAAUGGACCUUAAUAGUUGUCUUCAAAAUCCCAAAGAAUUAACAAUCAAAUUGGUACUUGCUGAUUAUUGGAGGCAUAGAAAGAUAUGAAAUAUGUUUAUGAUAACAUGAAUCUGAAAACUUUCAUAAUUGAACAUUAAGGUGAUUUUGAUUUUCAAUUAUUUGAUUGUAACAUUUUUUUUUUCAUAUCUGUAUAUAUUUUCUUUUCCAGAUGUAUCAUAAAUUUUAAUCAUUGUUAUAUAUAUCAGUUUUUUUUUAAUUAAGAUUUGACAUCUAUCAGGUGGAAGUCCUAAAUUUUUCAAUUCGUCCAAACAUCAAUAUUUUUUUACAAACAUAAAUUCUUCAAUACUUUUUGGAUUGUAAUAAAAUUUAUAUUUUCAUCUGUUGAUGUGCAUAUCAUACACAACAGUUCCAAAUUUUGAGAAUUAAGUUUUGUGAGUGUAUUAAAUUCAUGUACAGUAUUCCUUUGACUGAAACAAAAUUGAUGGAUGGUUAGGAGACAUUCAAAAGAUAUCAAAUGAAAAAUUAAUUAAUCUCAAAUGCAUAAGAGUAAUGAAAUAUCAUCAUUUCCAUGAAAGUCCUUUCUACUGAAUGAUUUAGUACUUUGGUGGCUAUAAAUACUAUUUUAACUUCUUAAGGUAAAUUUUUGAUUUCGCUAAAGUGUAUUCAUAUUAGUUGUUUUAACAUUAAAUCCUUUACAUCUUCAUGAAUAUGUUUAAAUUGUUAUAUAUGUUUCAUCUUUUUUCUUUCUUGUAUGAAGAUGUGUUUUUUAUAAUUUAAUCUGCCUGUUUGAUCCUGUUUAUUUGUGUGAAUCAGAUGAAGUUAAUCAGCAUAUGAUGAACAAUUUAUUUUUGUUUAUAUUUUCUAAUUAAACUUUGUAAUCAGAAUGAUA